AGUUUCUCCCCACACGGAGCGCCCGCCGCGCCGCCGCCGCCGCCGCCGCCGCUAGUCGCCAGCACGACGCGGGAAAACACGCGCGCGUUCCAUUCUCAAACAUUGAAAACUCUUUUCUAUUGUGUCAAAUAUACUCUGUGGUCGCAGCAAAAAGUUUUAUUAAGUUAGUGCAACGGUUUUAGUUUUAUUGUGCCUGUGAACUUUGUUUAGCAAAUAAAUCUGUUUGUUAAGUGAAGGAAGGAGUUAAUUUCCAGUUUGUGCACCGUCAACGCAACAAUAACAACACUAGUGGAUGCGUAAGGACUCGGGGCGCAUGGAUGGCGACGCUCACCUGGCGGUCGCUCGCCCUGCUACUCGCGACUCUCUCUGUCGUCCUAGCUAAGUAUGCGGAACUGCAGCCAUGGCGCGGCGCGGGGCGGCCGGCGACGGCGGCCCAGGAGGCGGAGGAUGAGCGGCGCGACGCGGAGCUGCUCGGUGCCGUGCGAGCCUCCAUGAAGGAAUGGGAGAUGAAACGGGGGAGGACCAGAAUGAAGCGCUCCCAGGGCAGCGUGUGCUACGGGGAGUUCGGGUGCUUCGAGGACGCGGGCCCCUUCGCGUACCUGGAGACGCUGCCCAGCAGCCCGCAGGAGGUGGGCACGCACUUCCUGCUCUACUCUACUAUAGCCAGAGGCGACCAACCCCUGCUAGCGGUCUCGGCCAGCAACAUGUCGGCGGCGUGGGGCUGGGCGGCGCGGGCGUUCGACUCGGCGCGCCCCACACGGGUCAUCGUGCACGGCUUCGGAUCCAAUUGCGAUAAUGUUUGGGUCUACGAGAUGAGGUCCGCGCUUAUGGCUGUGGAGGAAUGUAACGUGGUGUGCGUGGACUGGGAAGGCGGCGCGACGAUGCCGAACUACCUGCGAGCCGCAGCCAACACGAGGCUCGUGGGCAAACAACUUGCAAUGUUGUUGAAAGGUUUAGCCAAGCACAUAGCCCUGAGGUUCGAAGACGUGCACCUGAUCGGGUUCAGCCUGGGCGCGCACGUGGCCGGCUUCGCGGGCUCCGAGCUCGGCAACAUCAGUCGGAUCACCGGCUUGGACCCAGCCGGCCCGCUAUUCGAGUUCCAAGACCCGCGCGCGCGCCUCGACCGCUCCGAUGCUAAGUUCGUCGACGUGAUACAUUCCAACGGAGAGACGCUCAUAUUCGGGGGCCUCGGCGCCGCGCAGCCGCUGGGGCAUGUCGACUUCUACCCCAACGGGGGGAGGGUGCAGCACGGGUGUUCUAAUCUCUUCGUCGGCGCAGUAUCGGACCUGGUACUCCCCUGGGCAGCACCGUCGCCCGAGGGCCGCUCGCUGUGCAACCACCGGCGCGCGUACAAGUUCUUCACGGACUCCGUGUCGCCCAAGUGCCACUUUCCGGCGUUCCCGUGCGCUGAUUAUGAUACUUUCCUUGAGGGCCGCUGCUUCCCGUGCGACGGCGACCGGCGCUGCGGCAACAUGGGGUACUACGCGGACCGCUCGCUCGGCCGCGGCCAGCUCUACCUGCUCACGCGGGAGGAGGAGCCCUUCUGUGCGCAUCAAUACCACGUGUCGGUGUGGGGCGGCAGCGGCGAGAAGCAGAACUACGGGCGAGUGACACUCACGCUGCACGGGGACUCCGGCCUCAACGAGUCCUUCCCCAUGACCAAACGCGAAGACAGCCAGCCGCCCUCCCCCCGCUUCACCCGGGUCAUCGUGCCUCACCCCGCGCUCGGGGUCCCCCUCCGCGCCACCGUGCACUACGCCGCCUACAACGGCUGGCUCACGGCCGGCGCCAAGGCGAUAAGGAUCGACAAGCUGCUCAUAGCUGAUAGUUUUGGGAAGACGUCAUCUUUUUGCAAGAAAGGACUCGAUUUGAUGUCGGAAGAAUCCGUUGAGUUGCCGCUUUAUCCAGGCGAUUGUGAAAUACAAGAGGAGGACGACAACUCAACGAGCACGGCGCAAGUCUACAAGAAGCCCAACGGCACCAAGUCACCCCCUAUGGACCUUGAAGACAACGAGCUGCCAGAAGACGCACCACAACGACCAUUCUUAUUGGUCGACACUUCAGAAUGGACCGGCGCCGACACCGGCCGGGCUUUCGGCAUGACUAACACCAAGACUGCCCCCAGCGGAGUUAUAGAGAUCGCUGAACCGGUAUUAAGACCUCGCGCCAAGAAAGCCCCGAGACAACGCGCUGACACGCCAGAAGAGCAAGAGAUCUCUGAACCUCUACUAAGACCUACACAUUCCCCUAAGCCAACUACUGCCGCUGUACGGAAAGCCAAAAACUAUGACAUGUCAACCACACCGGCGUACGAAGCUAUGAACUACGGGGAACGGGCAAAUGAGAAGGAAGAAACCAGCUUCGUGGUCCAAUAUCUGCCGUCGCGUCUCGCGUCCUUCAUAUCUAGAGCGGAGCGGUAUGCUAGAGAUACUCUGUUGCCGUUAGUGUCGGCUUACGCGCCACGACUGCCGAUAUUCGGGUCCCGUGAUAACUCGCGACCGGUAGCCAAGUAUAUACCGACUGAAGAGAAUAACACGACGAGCUCGGUACCCGUUCCCACACCCACUCUUGAAGUGAAAAUAGUGUCACUGCGUUCCGUGGGUCCUCCGGAGAAGCGCUUCGAGGAAUCGCCCGAGGAUCCGAUAGUCAUGGACACCACCACCACUACCGCCGCGCCAUCUACAACCACCACAGAGAAACUGAGAACGGCAGCUUCAGAGGUAUUGAAAGUGGUGAAUGGACCGGCCGUUUCUACUAGUACCGCGCUACCACCGGUGGCCUUGCGAGGAGAGAAAGAGAAGAUAGUUAUAGUGUAUCCGAGUAACGCUAGAGAUGAGCGGAAGAUCCGGUCUCAUUCGUACCCUGAGGAGUUGCAGUUUGAGGCGCUCUAUCGUCACACGGCGGGGCCAGUGCGCGUGGACCUGCCCACAUUCCCGCCAACCACGGCGCUCCCCGCCACUAAUCCGCCCAAUCAGGACGCGCCGCCGCAUCCCAGUGCCCAAUGAGAGCGGCUUGUCUACUACACCAUUAGGGCCCUUGUAAAUGAUUGGAUGAGAGUGAAAUUGUGUAAAUAUUGGUUGUAAUUUUGUUUGUAAGUUAACCCUGUACUUUUUUACCAUUGAAGAGUGAGCGUAUACCUAUUUUAACGGUGUUUAAAAUUAGAUCUCUUGCUAGCACUGAAUUAACAUUCCAUUAUGCCUACUGAAAACCCAGUGUUCAAAGCAUCUGCCUAUUUAUGUUAUCGACUGUCUAUUGACUAAUGCUUUUAUAAAUUUUGUUAUUACUCUUGUAAAUAGAAAUAGGUUUUAUUGUUUAGAAUAAGACUCGAAUACGAUAAAAUAAAAACUUAUUUAUUA